AUGCCCCGCACCGACGAAGCCGAACACUGGUUCAACGCCGUCUACUCCGCAGUCCAAGAAAUCCCCCCCGGCAAAGUGACGUCCUAUGGUCAUAUUGCUCUGCUCCUUGGGUAUCCACAACGACCCCGUCAGGUGGGGAUUUGUUUGAAACAUCUCCCGUCGAGUCCGGAGGAGUACUUUCAUUCGGGGAAUGUGCCGUGGCAGAGAGUGAUUAAUUCGAAGGGGAUGAUUUCGCAUCGGGAACCUGGGAGUGCGGAACGCCAGGCAGAGGCAUUAAGAGAGGAGGGAGUGGAAGUCGAGACCGAUGCUAUGGGGGAGUUUUAUGUGGAUCUGGCGCGGUUUGGCUGGUUUCCUUCAGAGUUGCCCAGUGAGGAGGGAGAAAGUGAACUGGAGGAUCUAGUAGAGGGCUGA